AUGGUCCUGCCUGAGAAGCUUCUCGGCAUCGGCAUCGGCCUUGGCAGCUUGCUGUCGCCGGUCGAUGCCGCCGCAGCCUCGCACAGGGUCUUGAAGCUGCGUGACCUCGGUGGUCUCGCCGGCUCUUCGACGACUGACCUCGUUCGCUUCAGCGGUACUCUCAAAGUAGCUCGCGGCAUCGUGGAGGAGCACAAGCGCUCCGACAUUAUCGAAGUUCCCACUAGCGGACUAGUCUCCAUCCUCGACCGCAUCAAGGCUCUUGAGAAGGAGGUGCAGGACCUGCUCGAUGGUAAAAAGGUGAACAAGGACAGCAAGGCCAUCGAGCCCUCGGCGUCUGAUUCUGCCUCGGUUGGCUCUGCCUCCUCUUCGCCCGAUGCUUCCUCCUCUGCCGGUCCAUUGUCCGGCGGUAGCAACUCGGACUCUUCCGCCAAAGACCCUUCGACGGGUUCUGGUUCAACUGGCUCAGGCUCAACUCAGUCCGGCUCGACCUCGUCAGGAAGCUCUCCAUCCGCGACCGCUUCGGAUACUGGAUCGUCCGCUGGAAGUAGUAACGGCGAAGAUGACUGCGCCCCCGAGCAUCUUCUUUACCGCCUGGGAGGCGGCUCUCUGCAGCGCCGCUCCAUGACUGUAAGUGAUCAUCCCCUGUUCCGCCGAAGCACUAACUGCACCCUAGACUCGGUCUCUGGUGGCAAGAAGGAAAAGCAGCUCCCCAGUGGCGCUGCUGUGUUCAAGGAGGGCUCUGUUUCCGUCGGCACGGACAGCGCUUCUCCCACCAGUGCUGCUGGCGGCACUGAGAGUAUCGGCGGCACCACGGACUCGUCGAGUGCGGCCAAUUCCGCUGCAGAAAAGGCCGUCGCUCUAGAAUCGCAGUUUGCUACUCCAAGCUCGGCAAGUGCCGAUGAAGGCGCUGUGAAGCUGGACGGCCACACUCUCAGUGUUACCUCUCUUCCCGCUGCCACCACCGCCGGUCUGGGAUCGAAAGUCAAGGGCAGCCCAUCAGAGAGCGACGACGAAACGACGACUACCACGACAAUGACUUCGACAAGCUAUUCGACUAUUACUGUUCAUGUUCGCCCCACCGCCACGAAGGCUGGAUCCAAUGGCAAGUUCCUCAACAACACUGCCAUUCCUGAACGGGUUACUUCUGCUGGACAUCUUCUCCAGAAUGGUACUGCCAUUCCAACUGGACCAGGGACCACGUCUCUCUCGGCUGCACUUGCAGGGCAGGGCGGUUUGGUCCAAGAUGAUGAUACCUCCAGGUCUCUCCCUGGCGCACCCAUUUUCCAGAAGAACGCGACUGCCCCGACCUCUUCUGAGUCUUCUUCUGGUAGCAGUGAGUCGAGCUCUAUGAGCUCAUCAAGCUCCGCCAGCUCAUCGAGCACUACUCGCUCAUCCAACACUACCGUGUCGUCGAGCUCGUCUAGCACCACCAACCAGUCAAGCUCCAGCUCGACCGCACAAGUCAAGACCAUUACUCCGACCGCGACCAGAAUUUCGCUCAGUGACCCUGAUAGCAUCACGAUUCUGCCUCAGAAUCAGAAGAACAUUACCUUUCCCUCUGCAACCAGCAGCACUCCGAGCUCUGCGAUAAGCAGCACCGCCAGCUCCGCUACUAGCAGCAGCACCGUCACUUCAUCCAGUGCAAAGUCCGCCACUUCUGCUAGCAGCCAGCCUCUCCUCGAAAAGAAUAUCACGGCGCCUACCUCCCAGACCAUGACCUCAUCCCCAUUCACGACAGCCCUUUCUACCGACAAGCAGAGCUCGUCUGCCCCGCAAAGCAUGUCCAGCAGUGCUGCGGCUCUCGGAGAAAAGGUGGCCGUCUCGGAACCCUCCAAGCGCACCUCGACUACCACGUCUACGGUGUCCAUCACCGUCCCCGCAGCUGGCGGCGACACAGCAAUCUCGACAACCAGCAGCACCGGUGGUGUCUCUGGCGGCGCGGCAACGGAGCCAGAGGCCACCACCGCCACCACAUCUGCUCUUGUAUCCCGCCCAGCCUUUUUCAACGGCACGCUUGACAAGCGCCAGAGUGGUUUCCGGACGGUGCGCACCCUGCGAGGCAGGACCGCAGUUGCAGAUGAACAGUGUUAG